AUGCCAGAGGGGGCCCCAGGUGUGCCUGAGGAAGCCCUGGGCAUGACAGAGGGAAACACAGGUAUGACUGAGGGAGCUCCAGAUAUGUCAGAGGGAGCCCCGGGUGUACCAGAGAGAGUUCCGGAUGAGAUGACUGCCGUGCCACCACCAGCGUCUAGUGGUAUGGAGAUCUUGGAACUCGCUCAGAAGCUCUCGGAGUGUACCACGAAGAUCGGCAAAGUGAUUGAGGAUCUGGGUCUUACCUUUGAUGAAUUCAACAAUGGAAGAUUGGAGUUGCAAAAGGGAUUCCAAGAGCUCAGAGUGGCAUUUCAAGCUGGAGAAGUCACCAAGCUUCUCAAAGCCUUUGAUCGGUGGGCUAACACUGGUCGUUGGGCUCUAGCUGGCACUCAGUCGGUGGAGACCAACAUACAGGGAGUCCAAGGUGAGGUUGAGAAGCAAGCUCAGAAGUUGGAGACCAACCUCAAAGAGGGCUUUGAAAGCAUUGGAGGGUAUCUUCAAGAGGUGGUGAGACUCCUGGGGGAACGUCCAGUUACAAUGGGCGAAAGUGGGGCACCGCUGACGCCGGGAAUGUUAGGUGCACAUGGAGCGGGCGGGAUUUCCAAUACGGGUGAAUCGAUGUCAGUACCACCUGUUCAUGUCCCAACAGCUCCACCUGCUCCAGCAGUUCCACCUGCUCCAGCAGUUCCACCUGCCCCAGCGGUUCCACCACGUGCGGCAGAGCCAGUGUCACUCUUUAUGGCGUUUUGUCCGGAACAGCCGAAUGGGCCGAGACCAAAUGCUCCUCUUCCGAUCCCAACACCGUGCCAGCGUGUGGGCAUCGUUACCAGAGAUGCGGGAACGGGGGUGCAGAGGACAUUGUCACCGACGCCAUACCGUUCUGAACAAAUCAGCGGAAUCACCAGCAUCUGGGCUCCCCAGGGAUUGGGGAUGAUUCGUGAUGGGAAUUCCCAGUUCAGGAGGAUUUAUUGA